AUGUCGGGCCACCGUCUACGGUCGCAGAACAUCUCGGCGAGAAGGGCACAGCCGUCUGGUGUUGAUGUGCCAACUAGACGUGCUUGCGUUAAUUGCCGUCAACGAAAGAUUCGCUGUGACAUCGUUGACAAAGGUGUCCCUUGUACAAAUUGUAGUACUCACAGCCGACCUGGAUGUAGAUCGUGUCCCAACAAGAAGGAAGCCAGACAGUUUUUGCGUCAAUUAGCUGUUCUAGCUCCACUCCGUCCGCGACAGCCAAACAAUUCACCAACGCCGACAUCAUCUUUUGUUGUCGCAUCAGAAACUUCAUCCCCAGAAGAAGGUGGGGAGAUCGAACUCGGGGCCCAUGUCUUGAACGACAACGAUGCAAGAGAUGCAGAGCUUGGACAUCGAACUCGAGCACACUUCAUCGGAAAUGAUCUUUCUAACUGCAACUACCUGUUCCGUCAAAGCUCUUCGAAUGUGGGCUACGAUAAUAUCUUCCACUUUAACAACGGCCAAUUGGAAUCCAGCCAUGACUGGUAUGAAAGGCACGGUGUCACAGGAGAGCCGCUGGAACGUCCAGACAAGCAGCUUGAGAUGCGACUGAUAAGAGCCUAUUUUGAUCAAAUCAACCGUGGAUGGCCGAUAGUCGAUGAGGAGUUGUUCAUGACACAAUAUCAUGGCCAAGACCCGACCAAUCCAACUUGCCUGACACUUCUGAAUGCCAUUAUGCUUGUAGGAGCCCACGCUCUGGCAUCGCAUGAUGAGAGCAUGGUUCCUCUUCUUCGUGUUUUCUUCCAAAGAACCAAGAUUCUUUUUGAAUGUGAAUCUUGGCCUGACAGACUUGUCUACAUCCAAGUGCCUCUCCUGAUGACUUGGUAUUCUGACGCCAACGCUUGGCACUGGAUUGGUAUCGCUACCAGAACCGCUAUGGCUAUAGGACUGCAUCGAGAUACCACCCACUCAAAGAUGAUGCCAGUGUACAAACGUGUGUAUACUCGGCUGUGGUGGGUGCUCUUCCAGUUCGAUACGAUCGCGUCUGUAUCAUCUGGUCGACCUCAAGUUAUAAAUCUCGAUGAUUCCGAUGUCCCAGAUAUCCAGCCUUGGCACGUUGAAAGUAUUUCUGAAGCAGAGAUCGAGUUUGUCGUAUUUCAUGUACAGUUGUGCAAGAUUAUAUCAGAAACGACAAGAAAGGGUUGGUCACUUCGAGCGACUCCAGAGGCAAAACUCGAAGCUAUUAAAAAAGCCGACGAGUCACUCGGAAAUUUACUUCUUUCAAUCCCGAAAAGACUGCAGUUGACAAUCUCUUACCUUGAUUUAUGGCAAGCACAUUUCUAUCUGACUUACUACAACUUCGUCUUACUGAUUCAUCGCCCUACGCCGAAAUCCAAGAAGGAUAGCUCCACCGAAGGACAAGAGGAUGCUAUACUCUGCAGAGAAGCCGCAGUCACGAUUGCUUCCAUUUUUGAAGUUCUUCUUGACAAGAAAUUCAUCUCUUCUCUAUGGCUGUAUAGCAACCACGUCGUGUUCACCGCGACAAUCUAUAUCAUCAACGAGAUUAGCAAAAAUAAACCUUUGCUAGCUGCCAAGUCUCGGCAAACUUUACACACGUUCUGGAAAGCAUUACGAGAGCUGACGAAGUACUGGAAUUAUGCAGGAGGUUUAUUGAAGGUACUUGAGCAGAAAGCUUCAAGGCCGAGGGGAGAGCGGGUGCAUGCUCCAGGGGAACCCAGUCUGAACUUGCAGGUGGAUGGGCCACUGUUUGAACAACCAAAGGCGGGUCCAUCAACCUGGAAUGACGACGACAGUGUCCUGCCGAGGAAUCCCGAUGCGAACAUCGUCGAUAAUUAUGCAGCAACUACCUCACAAAACAUUACCAUGGACUUUCUCACAGGCGGCCAAGAUCCGUCAUUCAAUGAUUUGUUCUUGGUGGAUACAUCAGCGUUCGACUUUCUCUUUAGCGAGGAUAUCAGCUAA